AUGACGGAGAGCCCGAUCCCAGCACCGGCUUCGGCCACCAAACCCAAACGGGCCAGGGCAGCACGGCGGCCGGCAGCCCACCCCACCUACUCUAACAUGAUCGCAGCAGCUAUCCGGGCCGAGAAGAGGCGCGGUGGCUCCUCUUGCCAGUCCAUCCAGAAGUAUGUGAAGAGCCACUACGAGGUGGGCCCGAACGCCGACGUCCAGAUCAGGCUCUCCAUCCGGCGCCUGCUCGCUGCCGGUGUCCUCAAGCAGACCAAAGGGGUCGGCGCCUCUGGCUCUUUCCGCCUGGCCAAGGCCGACAAGGAAAAGAAGUCUCCGACCAGGAAGAGGAAGACGGCAACAAGGAAAUCCACAUCACCCCGGAAAGCAGCUAAGCCCAGGAAAGCCAGGUCGCCGGUAAAGAAGCCCAAAGCUUUUGCCAGGAAAGCCAUGAAGAAGUCGAGGUCCAGCCCGAAGAAAGCCAAGCCAAAGACUGUUAAGGCCAAGUCACUGAAGCGCAAACCCAAGAAGGCAAAGCAUUCCAAGCCCAAAGCCAAGUCCAGUGCCCGGAAAUCACCCAAGAAGAAGUGA